AUGGUUGCUGAACUUGGACAAUAUGUUCAUGCAAUUGGGACGGAUUCCAACAAUUCGAUGGAACCCAGAAGUAUUGAAGCGAUUUACAUUGAGCCUACAAAGGGACAACGUACUGGGCACCGAGUGCUCAACCUCAAUACUAAGAAGAUGAUUUCCCGACCCAAGGUUGUAGUACUACCCGUUACCGAUCAAGUAAUCCAGCGUGUUGAAGCUUGGGCUGCUGCCAAAGGUGUUACUUCCAUGAAGUUCUUUGAUAAGAAGAGAGAUUUGGAGACAUUUCAAGAUGGCAAUCAAAUCGCAGGAGUGGAUGACACGGAACAAGGUUACUUAGAAGAAGCCUUUGAUCAGGACUAUGAAUCUGAAGAUGAAGAUGAACGUGAUUUCAAUCUACAUGGACAAUUCGAUGAUAUCAAUGACUCCAAAAGAGAAGAGCUCUUGGCAGAUGCAGACAAUGAUGUUGAUGAUAUGCCAGAACUCACUGUCAGAUUCCAAGGAGAUGAUGACUAUGAAUCAGACGACGAUUUGGGUGAUGAAGGCCAUGAAGAGGAAGAGCCUAUUGUGGCCGAUUUGGAUCACCAUCAAGAAAAUGUCGAUAGAGGAACGGAUGAUAUUGGGAGCCUCGUUACUGAUCUGGAGGAUCUACAAGAACCGCCAGAAGAAGAGAUUGUAUUUGAGCCUGAAGAGCCUCAAGUAGCAAAAGUCACUCAAACUGGGCAAACGUAUGCGCAAGCUGCAACGUCUGGGCUGAACCUUUCCCAAGUUCCAAAGAGACCAAGAGAAUGGCCUUUGAGCAGGAGUGGCAGUUCUGCCAAUAAGAACAAGAAUCGAGUUGUGACAAGACGCAAGCAUCGAGAAAGAGAAUUGAAACCUUUGAAGGAAAUUGGGAAUGAGAUGAAAGCUGAUUAUGUAGAGCACGAUGCUAUUCCGAUCGCUCGUUGCAUGAUGCAAAUCAAGGCCAAGUUUGAUACUGAUGAAGGUCUAAACUUCAUUCAACAGUAUUACAUCAAUCAAGGACUGAAGAAGUUUGGUGAUGAUGGAAAGGAUGCUGUGGAUAAGGAAUUGAGACAAAUGCUCCUGAGAGAUUGUUUCACUCCCAAAUUUGUCAAAGACAUGACCGCGUCUGAGCGAAAGAAGGCACAAUCAGCGAUGAUGUUACUUGUGGAGAAGCAAUUGGAAAAGACAAUUAAAGGCUGCCUAGUAUUCCGAGGCGAUGGAACUCGUGAAUGGUUAUCGCAAGAGGACACUGCAAGUCCAACUGCUUUGCAGGAAGCAAUCACCACUACUUGUGUUAUUGAUGCACACGAAGGAGAAGAUCGUGUCUACAUGAAAAUCACUGGCAUGAUGGUCCAGAUAUUGAUUGACAUGGCCCCAGAGUAUCGCGAAUACGUUGUAUUAGAGAAUGGAAAGCGAGUAAUCUAUGUGCGGGAACUAGGUGCUAUAUAUGGGAUGUUGCAAUCGAGCCUCCUAUUCUAUAAUCAAUUUCGGAGUGAUUUGGAGGCAAAGGGAUUUGUUUUCAAUCCAUAUGACCUGUGUGUUGCUAACAAAGUUGUUGAUGAAAAACAGCAAACUAUCAGAUUUCAUGUUGACAAUUUUAUGUCAAGUCACAUGGAUCCGAAAGUAAAUGACAAAUUUGCUGAAUGGUUGAACAUGAGAUAUGGUUCAAUCCAGGCAUGUGAAAUCAUCAGAGGAAAGAUACACAGAUAUUUUGGAAUGACUUUGGAUUUCUUGGUGAAAGGAAAAGUCAAGAUCCGCAUGGACGACUAUGUCAAGAACAUGUCGGAAGAUUUUCCUUUCAAGUUCAACAAGGAUUCAAAGCAGGAAACACCAGCUGGUAACAAUUUACUGGAAGCUGGUAAAGGGAAGUUACUCAGUGCUGAGUACCGUCAGAUCUUUCAUACUACUGUUGCAAGGGGACUUUAUGUCUCUAAGAGAGCUCGUUUGGAUAUCCAUCCAACAAUUACUAUUCUUGCCUCAAGAGUUUGA